CAUUUUGUGCGGUGCGCCGCAAUUUGUAUCCCCAUUAUUAUGAUUUCAGUCUCUUUCCUGUCUAAGCGGCUUUCAUAAGUGAGAAGGAGUAAGCUACACAAUUCACUGGCUUUCUCCCUCUUGAAUGUACUUACAUACAUUUUUAUGCGAAACAUUUGUAAAUUGUAAACAUGGUGGCCAAGCAAUGUAAAGAAGUGCUUUGUUGAAAUAUUACUAAUUUCGUUUAUUUUUGCGACUAUAACAUAGUGAUUACCACAAUGUUUACGUAUCACCCGUGAAUGAAAUGAAGAGUUUCGUAGUUUCUCAUUUUGGAAUAUCUUGACCAACCUUGAAAAAUGGGCACAGAGGUGCCAAAAACGCAAGAUUCAAGUGGUGAUUCAGACUCCAACAGUGAAUCUGAGAAUAGCAGUUCAAGUGAUACCUCGGGUAGUGAUUGGGAAUGCUCCGGCAGUAAGCAAAGUGCACGGAAGCCGCACUUCUCUGUCACCUCUUGUGACACAGGCUUGAAGCUCAAAAUAGCCGCGAUUCCGCGGAAGGUGACGCCCACAAAGUCCACCAAACCCUCGGUUAAAAAGAAAAUCAGUGAAACAACAUCCAAAACAGCGAAGGAUAUCAAAAAGAAGUUGUCGGAGAGCAGUUCCAGUUCGGAUUCGUGCAGCAAAUGUUCCUCAGAUUCUUCAAGCGAAGAUGAUCUUCCGCUGAAGACGGUGAAGAAGAACUUGCCAGUGAAAUGUUCUCCACAAAAGAGUGCAUUGAAAUCGAGGAACACUAUUAAGAGUGAUAGUGAUGAAGAACUUUGUAAAGCUAAAGAAAAUCUGAAGUGCAAGGAGAAGCCGUGCACUUCGAAGACUGUUGCCGUAAAGAAGACCAAAUGUGAUGAAUCCAGCAAUGACUCCAAUGGGAAGAGGGCAUCCACAAGGCAGCGUUCAAAGUUUACGUCUUCGGUGACAGAAGAAGGCGCCUGCGGUAGCACAUCGUCGUCGACGUCAUCAUCGUCUUCUUCAUCAUCAUCUUCUUCCUCCUCUUCGUCGGACUCGGACACCGCGGACGCCGCUGGCGGCUCCGCUCAUCCCGCAGAUGACUCCAGUGCCGCUCUUGCUGCCGCUUGCCAACUACAGGUCAUCGACGACGCGGACCUUGCGGAACUAUUUCCAGAACAAACAUCGUGCGCGCCGGCGCAACAGCCCAAUUUCCCAACCUUCCCCGUUCACAACGCUUCGCCGGAGAGCGACGACAAGUCAAUAGUUGAUAACGGUGAUGGAUCGAGUAGUGAAAUGGAACUUCCACCGCAGCUAGUAUCAGCUGCGAUACAAAGAGCAACAGCCGACUCUUCGGGGUCUGAGAAUGAGUGUUCUAACUCUGAUACCGUUCAUCAAAAUGCUUCACACUACGCCUCUAGCCUACUACAGCAGUUCGUGGCGAAAACUCAGCUUCUAAGUAGUACUGCACCUCUAUCAUCUAUUAAUUCAGCAGCUGCAUCGUCUUUAACAUCUGCACUCAAUACAAAUCCAUUAAGUGGAGUGGGCACGAUUAACGACUGUGUUCUGGAUCAAAUAAAUAAUCUCGCAGAUAUCCCACCAAUUGUACCAACUUUUUUAAAUAACACCCAACAUUUAAGUCCACAGCAGACUGAAGAGCUCACUCAAAUAAAUAAAGAUCUUGAAGAAAUUACGUCUGUGUCUGAAUCUGUUGGUUUAUCAAUAACAAACCCACUAAGCCUAGAAGAUUGUGUGGACAAUAAUGAUUUUAUGAACUUGGAUAUAACGUCUGGUGGCUCAGAACUCGGCAGUGCCAGUGACUUCUUGAAAAGUUCACCCAUAACUGUAGUAAAUGCGGAUGCUGGUACCCUAAGUCAAUUAGAUUCUCAAAAACUAGAUACGAUUAGUACGAAUUCUGUUGAAUCUCAAGAAGAUGUUAAGAAUGUCAUUGUUGAAUCUAGAAGAAAACGUGGGCGACCUCGUAAAGUAAGAAAAAUGGAAGAGUAUGAAACUAAAAGUAGUGAAUCUCAGAAAGAAGCAAAGUCUAGAGGUAAUGUAAUCAAUGAUUUUCAUAAUAAUAAUGACCCGCCUAAUGUUUCGCCAGACUCGGGUAUUUUAUCAAACCAUAAUUCGCCUACGCAUUCACCGUUAAGACGACAUGAUUUAGAUGAAAGUCAUAGUAGACACAGCAGAAAAUCUAUUCAAAAAGAAAACACGACUGUUGACAGGCAACGUGCGAGGUCUAAAUCCAAAACUCGAAGUAGGGCCCACAACAGAUCAGAUUCUAGUGAUUGCGACUUUUCAAAAAAACGAAUGGAAAAUGAAUUAAAACAAAUUAAAACGGAAGCGCCUUCGCCAGUUCCACUUAAACAAGAGCAAAAUAAAUCAGAAAAGUCCAAAAAAAAUGAUCAUAAAUUGGAUAUAGCUGCUUUGGACAGAAUGUUAUAUGCUACUGAUAGAGUACUGUAUCCGCCGAGAAAAAAAGUGGGACGAAAACCACAAAGUAAAGCAAAAAGUACUAAAACAACUAAAACUUUAAGAGAUAAAAAUCAAUAUGAUUCAGCGGAUAGUGACGACGACUCAUUACCGUCUAAUAACAGAUCAGUACUAUCUGGGGUUUAUGCAAAAAGAAAAGAAGUUAAUAGUAAAUUAGCAACCUUACCCAAGAACAACAAGAAUAAUAAACCAAUAAAUAAUUCUUGGAGAGAUCAUCAAAGUGAAAAUGAAGCAGCUGCUGACGAUCCUCUGGAUCCAACGUGGAAACAAAUUGAUUUAAAUCCCAAGUAUAAAGACAUUCUGUCAGGCUACAAGAGUGAUUAUGAGUUCAAACCAUACAAAAGUUGCAGUAGACUUAUAGAGUCUGGCUACAAGAGCGAUUAUGGCUGUCGAUCAGGUUAUAAAAGCGAUUGUUAUCGGUCAGGUUAUAAAAGCGAUCAUAAGUCUGGCUACAAGAGUGAUAAGUCUGGUUAUAAAACAGACUACAGUGUUAGAAGUAUGCGAAGACGAAUGAGAAAGCUUAAGAAAACUAGAUCAGUGAGAAAUAGAUCUUAUUAUAAAAAUCAAAAACACUUUGUUUCUGAUCAAGAAGUUCUUCUUUUGUCGAAUAAAACAUUCAGUAGUCUCACUUUAGGACAUAGUUCAAGUGAUUCUGAAUGUGAAACGUAUUUACGAAAACCUAACGCUAGUCCAAAGUAUGUGAGUGUUUGCACAAAAUAUCCAUUACCAUCAAAAUAUAACUACAGCUUUAGUAAGUCUAAUCAAAAACAUGUAUUGAGAUUAAAUGCUUCUGAUCCGUUUGCUCCUGGGCCAGUAUUUAGUGGCUUACAGAGGCCUGUUACGACAUAUAAUAUAUUCAAAGUAAGUCACAACAAUAAUAACACCCUAUUGAAAUCGCCUGCAAAAAAUACUUGUGUAGGUAAUUCUUUACCAUCACUUAAACCCGUCUUUUCACAUAAGUUCGGAGUUUCACCGAUUUCGGCUACGACGAAACAAUCAAAUUCGAAAAAGGAUAAUUCUGAGAAUCCGAGACAGUAUCCAAGGACUCUUUCUCCUAAGAAUCGUAAACAAGUAAAGAAGGAUUCGCCGACGGGGAAGAAAGAAAAUUCCUCUAAACCACUAGCCAGUAUAUUCGAAAAAGCUAAAAACUCAUAUAUACCGAAUAAAUCUUUAUUGAGAAAUGUAUUUUUAAAUUUUAAGAAGCCAAACAUAAAGCCCACAUAUCAUAUUAAAAAGCAUAGAAGAACAGUUGUCUUAGCACCACCGAAAAUUAACUUAAAACCUGCAGAAAGACCGUCUCGCGUCACAGUUAAAACGGAAAACAAACAUCAUAGGCAUAGAAGUAAAAGACGACACCGAUCAAGAUCUGUUUCAAAAUGUCGAGAAUCAUAUACUACUCGAAAUUCUGUCGAUUCCGUCGAUCAAAAAUUCACACAAGAUAUGGAUAGUCUUAUAUCAAACUUUAUUAAACUGUGCCAAAUUGCACCUAAGUUUAUUGUGAACACGCAAACUAUUCUUCAGAAAGCUGUAGAAAAAGAAAAGCCACCAGUCGAAGCACCUCCACCCGCUAAGGUAAUUAAAAGAGCAUCGAAGAAAAGAAAAACAUCAGAUAAUCAAGAGAUUGCUACACUGACUUCUAAACGUAGACACAAGAAACAGUUAACCGAAUCUCAAAACAAAGGUGGUAAAGAUACUAAUGAACACAAAUUGCCAUUGAAAAAACGACAUUAUCAUAUAAAUUCGUCUACAAGCAAUGCAUUAAGUCUUAGUUUAGUCACAGCAGAAUUUGAUGACAAUUCAAAAACUGUUAGCCCUGAAAAGUUUUUAUGUACUGAAACAGAUUGUAUGGGGGAAAUGCAUAAUAAUAGCAGUAACGAUUCUUCAAAACCAAAAAAUUCGUCAGAAAAAACUAAAAAAGAUUCAAAAAAUGUUUGUACUGUUCAAGACACUAAAAACCUCAACAAUGAUUCGCCAAAAUCAAUUAAGGCUAACUCAAACACGGCCGAAACAUCAACCGACAAAGACAAUGAGGAUAGUAUAAUCUCUCCGGUUUCGGAAAGUAUGAUUGACGACGAUUUGUCUAUAAAAAAGCCUACACCAGAACAAUCAGAACUAUCAAAGAAAAUUUAUGAAACAUCAGAAAAGCUUAAAGCUGUUCAUAAAAUGGUUCAUGAUCUUGAAAAAAGUUUACCAAAAUCUAAAGAAUCCGAAACAAAAAUAGAAUUAUCUAAGUCUGAAACUCAACGGAUAUCGUCACCAAGAUCUGAAGUAAAAUUGUCACCAGUUCGUAACCCAGCCCCAAUAGCAACACCUAAAAAACGUCAUAGGUUAGAAGUUGAAAAGGUUACAUCUAGUCUAGAUCAGGUAGUACAAUCGUUGUCGAAAAAGUUGUCUGAAGAUAAAUCUGGUAGCAAUAACGCUAAGGAUAUAAAUCAAAAUACAACAAAAGAAGAAGCUAAAGAAACUGAUAAAACCUGUGUUGUUGUAUCCACUGCUCAAACUAAUGUUAGCAAUACCAAUAUUGAUCCUCUCAAAAGUAUGUCUGCCCGAUCUUUGUAUAAAAGUUCUAUUCCGCCUGCCCAAAAAUCUGAAAUUAUGACUAGGAAAAAGAAUAGACUUGAGGGUCUUACCAGCAAUUUAGUAUCUAAGAUUAACCCAAGUGCGGCAACUAAAGUUCUUGAUACACUUUUGAACAAUAAUAUACGAAAAUCUAUUGAAUCUCGAAUUCUGGAAAAAGAAAAAAAUAACUCUGAAAGUGUAAACAAAUUAUCUGACGAAAAGUCUAAAGCCAAAGAAUCUCCACAAAUGAACACCAGAGCAAGUGUUAUUAAAUCUCCUGUAUCUAAAGGUAAAGUAUUAGAAAGUAAAAAGACAAAAGUGUUGGAACUUGUUAUAGAAAGAUCAAUAAUUGUCAAUGUUGAUAAACCGACGGGCAUUUUUGAGUCUUCCAUUGACUUAGAAGAUCAAAUACCUAAGUCAUCUAUUUGCGUUGCUAAUGGUAUUAGCGACUGUAUUAAAACUAAAAAUAAAGUUAAAGGGAACGAUAGCUCGAAUUCAACUUCCCUGUUAGCAUCGAUUGAUACUGAAUCUGAUAUUCCAUUGGCAUUGAUUUCGGAAACUCCUGAACCUGUUAUUAGGCCGAAAAGAGGAGAGUCUAUAGCGUCAGUUUUAUCUGAUAAAAUACAAGAGACAACAGGUGGUCAUAAUUUACGCCAAACAAAAAGAACUCUUGCUAAUGAAGCCGAAGAUUCGAAUGAUAAGAAAAAGAAGAAAAUCACAAAUAAUUUAAUACGCGAAAGUAAAUUAGUUCUUCCUACGAAAGUAAUGCUACCUAAACUUACAACAGAAAAAUUACUUUCUUCCGAUCCAAGUAAAAAGGCGGUUGUACCAGCUCGAACGAAAGAUAACACAACAGAUAACAAAACUACAGAAUUGUCUAGAAAACGUACCAGAAGACGUAAAGCAAUUAACAGAACAGGGUUUCCUAGUAUUAAGAAAAAGAAAAAGAAACUGGAACCUAGCCUUAAUCUUACCUCAGACAGCCAUUUCACCUCUGAAGAUACUGAUCAUUCUGCAUUUGAAAGAGUGCCGAAAGACGGUGAAGCUAUGAGUAGUUUCUUAGAACGGACCACAAAUAGAAAACCAGAAUUGAAAGUUGUAUUGAAUAAAGAUGAUGUACCGAAAUUACCGAAACAAGGCAGAUUAACUGUUGUAGCUCUAGAAAAACUACAAGGAAAAGAAUUACCGACAAAUUCAAAAUCUACCAUAAUUGAAAAGAGUGUAAACGAGAAAAAAAUUGGAGGGUCCUCUAUAUUAAGAGCUCCAUCUUUACAACUAAAACAGAACAAAAACGAUAAAGAAAUUAAGAAUCACAUAAACAAAUGGGAGGUUCUAAGCGAAACAGAUAGCAUCCCCUCUUUAACGAGUUCUCUAAGCAAUGAUCCUGAAGACAGUAUUCCUCUAAGUUUAUUAAAUUUGAAGGCUGAUAAGCAUACUCGAUUGGAUAACUUAGAAAGACUCAAACGUAAGACACGGGCCAUGUCACCAUCUCAUGAAAUAGAGGAAAUAUUCUCGAAGCGCAAAGUCGUUGAAAAAACUAAAGAGGGCUUGAGACCAAAGUCUAGUUUGGCUAUCUUAUAUCCAAGCGACAGAAGAUUUACAAGAAGUUCAGAUAACACAGUUGAUGAUGUCAAAGUCAAAACUAAAAAGGUUGAUAACAAGAAGCCAGUUCCAGAAACAUCGGAUAAAUCUACCAAAUCACAGUGUAUUAUGACGAGAAGAAAGUCUAGAUCGUGUCAAGCUAAGAAAGUAAAUGAGAUCCAUUCCAGUUCACGCGAAAGUUCAUUAGACACAGUCAUCAGUCGACGAAUCACUUGUAAAUCGCGCGAGCCGUCCAUCGACCUGCAAGAUCAUGACGAAAACGAUCCGUUGCCUCUCCAUGAAAAGGAAAUAGAUUUCGAGAAAAGCAUCGAUGUUCUUUCAAAGAAUAUAAUUUGCAAGAAACGUGUUGCGUCUUCUCGAGAUGAAAGCCCAGUCAACGGCGUCGACGGUCGAGACAAGCCCGUCGUGUCCAAGAAGAAUCCUCGUCUAAGAAAGAAGUUUUUGGUCGCUGGGUUGUUCUCAGACUAUUACAAAGAUGAUCCAAAACCUGAAGGGAAGGGCAAAAACCUGGUCACACAGACGGAGUUUCCUCCCGGUCUGCUUGGUCCGCCGCCGUACUGUGAGCGAUGGGUUCGGAGGAGGUUGCAACACUUCUCACUGCCUUACGACAUUUGGUGGGAGCAACACUACAACCAGCCUGUACCAUCUUGGAAUUACAAAAAGAUACGCACGAAUGUGUAUUACGACGUGAAGCCGUCAGCGGAGGAGUGCGAGAGCGUGGCGUGCAACUGCAUGCCGUCGUCCAGUUGCAACGAGGACUGCAUCAACCGCCUCGUGUACUCCGAGUGCUCGCCGCAGCUCUGUCCUUGCGGAGACAAAUGCAAGAACCAACGCAUCCAACGCCACGAGUGGGCGUCGGGUCUCGAGAAGUUCAUGACCGAGAACAAGGGUUGGGGCGUUCGCACCAAAAACCAAAUAAAGUCCGGCGACUUCAUCCUCGAGUACGUCGGCGAGGUCGUCUCUGAUAAGGAGUUUAAGGAGCGUAUGGCGACACGCUACGCGCGCGACACCCACCAUUACUGUCUGCACCUGGAUGGCGGGCUCGUCAUAGACGGGCACCGCAUGGGCGGCGACGGCCGGUUCGUCAACCACUCGUGUCGGCCCAACUGUGAGAUGCAGAAGUGGACUGCCAAUGGAACGUUUAGGAUGGCACUGUAUGCCCUGCGAGACAUCGAACCUGACGAGGAGCUUACAUAUGAUUACAACUUCUCAUUAUUCAACCCGGCCGUUGGACAGCCCUGUAAAUGCGAUUCGGAGGACUGCCGCGGUGUUAUAGGCGGCAAAUCGCAACGUAUCACCAAACAGCCGCUGAAGACCCAAUCCAGGACGCCGUCCAACGCGUCCAACCAGUCCAACAGCUCCAACCAGCCGCGCGUCGGUCGGCCGAGGAAGGCGGUCAAGUGCAACAAGAAGUCGGAACAGCAGAGCGUCAGCGCCUGCGACAUAAAGAACAUGACCAUACUGAAGUACCAGCAGCAUUUGAACAAGCUGUGGCAGGAGCCGCAGGUGAAGCCGCUCACUGUCAAGGAGAGGGCGGUGGUCAAAGAGCGGCAUUGCUUUCUGUUUAGGAAUCUGGAAAAUGUACGGCGUAUUCGGGAACGUUUGUCCCUUCCAAUGCCGCCGUCCCCUCCAGCUGCGCCUCCCCCACCGCCGGCACCUGCGACCCCUCAACCACCAAUACCCAACACCCCCGUAGUGACCAACGUGAACCCCCUGACGCUGCCCGAUACAAUGAACCCGCAAGUGUUCCUCAAGAGGUUGGCGACGCUACGAGCGAACAAGGAGGAGAAUAUGAAGGAGUUGAUCCGUAUACAGGCUGAUCAGAAUUGUGAUGUCAAAACCCGGUUGGGUAAAGUGUUCAAGGCGCUGUAUAAUGCUAUAGUCGCUGUUAAAGAUGAUGAAGACAAACCAGUGUGCUCGCUCCUCCUGAAACUGAAGCCGAGUAUAACUAAAUCGGACACGGCGCCAGAUCUCAACGCUAUACAGAGCAACAUCGACGCCGGCCGGUACGAGACCAUUGCGCAGUUCGACAGCGAUGUUAAUGGAAUAUUCACAAGCGUUAUUCGGGAACACGGCAAGAUGACUGCAUUGGGAGCGGCCGCCGUGCAACUGAGAAAGGUCUACAACGCUACAAAAUCGGAUUUCGCUGAAUAUUUGACUAAAAUCCUUGGUCCUAGUGAAGCUUUGCCGACCGGCUUUGUACAAAAAUCUAAAUCUGAGGAGGUGAUCCUGUGUAUAUGCGGACUGCACGUGGAGGAGGGGCUGAUGGUGCAGUGCGGGCGAUGCGGCGUGUGGCAGCACGCGCGCUGCGUGCGCCUCGCCGCCGACUCCGCGCACAAUGACGCCGCGCACCACUGCCACUACUGCACCACGGACCAGGUGGAUCGCGAAAUACCUCUCGACGAAUACACAGACGAGGGUCACCAGUUCUACCUGUCGCUGAUGCGAGGCGAUCUGCAAGUGCGUCAAGGGGACACGGUGUACGUGCUGCGUGACAUACCCAUAGAUGACAAACGUCCAGAUGUCAGCCAGAAGAACGGCGACAAGAGCGAAUCGCCCAAAACGAAGCGCGUGGAUAGGAAGAAACUGAAGAUCGCCAAGGGGAGUAAGACUGAAGACAAUGUGCAGAAUAAGGAAGGUGAAGUCCGCAAGCAUACGUAUCAGACGAUCGGCGAAGUGCCGGUAUCUGAGCUGGACAUCUUCCGCGUGGAGCGCCUGUGGAAGCACAAGGACACGCACGAGAGAUACGUGUACGGGCACCAUUACCUGCGCCCGCACGAGACUUUCCACGAGCCCACUAGAAAGUUCUUCCACAAUGAAGUUAUGAGAGUGCCGCUGUAUGAAGCAGUCCCUAUAGAGCUUGUUAUGUCCCAAUGCUGGGUCAUGGACCUCAAUACUUUUUGCAAGGGUCGUCCGGUGGGCGCGUCGGAGGAGCACGUGUACAUCUGCGAGCUGCGCGUGGACCGCUCGGCGCGGCUGUUCACGCGCGUGUCGCGCCCCAAGUACCCGCUGUGCACCAAGCCCUACGCCUUCGACCACUUCCCGUCGCGGCUGAAGCUCACCCGCACCUAUGCUCCCCACGAAGUCUCACCUGAGUAUCUGAAAGGCAGAGCAGCCAAAAGUGCCACUCCAGCUGAAAAAUCCAAGAAUGUACCAGAAACUAAGAAGAAGCCCAUUGUUACACCUUCUGCUUCUGUUGCGCCCAAGGCACUAUCACCAGCGGCUCGUCGUGAACAACAAAAGGAUCGCGUCAACAACAUCGCGAGGCGACUGCUCUCGAGAGGGGGGCAGAGGGGGGCGGUGGACGCGUCAUACCUACUCGCGCCCAGGACAUCCAGGGUGCCUCGCAGACCCCGCACGAGGCCUUCCUGACCCGCGCGGGCCUGCACCACUUGCCCCUCUUAACAGUGCUGAAAGUGAAAAACAAGUGUAAGUGAAGACACUUCUGUAACUAAAGUGUGACACUUUUGAAACCAUGUGUUUAUGCAUGUAAAAAUAAAAUGCAUAAUAAUGGCUAGACAGAGAAUUUGUAACAGUUUACUGAAUGAAAUCUAAAGUAGUUAUAUACCAUAGAUAGAAUAAUGGAGUUAUUCUUUUCAAAAUUCUUUAAUUGAUUGUAAAAUGUAUAUAUUUACAUAAAAUAUCAGUAAUAUAUAUGAUACAGUACAAUAUCAUUCAAUGCAUCACAUAAGGUUUAAGUAAUGAUUUAUUUAAAGUUUUGCCUGAAAUUAAAUAUGCACAAAAAAUGUGACUUUUCUGCUAGAACGCCCUGUAAAUAUAUUAUUUUAUUGCAUUUAAUGCAGCUAGUUGAAGUCUUAGAAUGUAUGAAUUUACUCGUAAUAAACUAGAAAUUAUGUAUAAUUUUUGUUGUUGUAAUUUGAUUGAAUAAGGAAAUUGUAUGCCAGGGUACUGAAUAGAUAGGAAUUUCAAGGAAUAGUAAGGUUAGGGUUUGAUCAAAUUACAAUGAGAUUCAUAGGAAUAAUGAUAAUAAAUUAAGUAUACAAUUAUAUAGCCAUUAUGUAUUAUAAAUAUCACAUUCCUUGGCUCUUAAGAGUAUACAGUUGUGUUAUAUUUGAAUUGCAAGCAAUUGCAUGGUUGAUGUAACUGCACCAAAAUUAUAACUGCAUUGUAAUACAAUAAAACAAAAAAAAAUUUAUUUCAAGUGGGUUUACUUUAAAAGCACUUUUAAUUCAUCAAGUUUGACUAUUUGUUAAGACUACAACCUUUUUGGUAUACAGGUUCUGCUGAGAAGAGCUGGCAAUAAUAAUGGUUUUAUUUAAUUACAUUAUGGUCUAAGAUCCGGCAUUAGAAAUAUACCCUCAUCUGUUAUUUAUUAGUUAUAAGAACUAAAUGAUACAUAACAUUCACAGUGACAUAUUGCAAAUAGGAUGCCUAGUUAUUUAUACAAAAUCUAGGAAACCAUGUACUAUAUUAAAAGCAACUUAAUACAGUUAAAUUAAGCAUAAAAUGAACUUUCAUUUGACACAUACUAAAUAACUGAUGAGGCUAUUUGUAUAGGAACCAUUAAUUAAUUGUUUAUAUCUGGCAACCCCACAAUUCCAGUGUGAAACCAAGUAAACUUUACGUUUUCAUUUCUGUUAAGUAUAUUCUUUUUAACUAGUGUAUGAUUAUUAAAUAAGCAAAAAGGAAAGUAGAUUACAUAAGUUUAAUUAAAAAAAUAUAUUUUAUACUCACUGGGUACUAUGAUGAUAUGAUAUGGUAUUUUACUAGGCAAACAUAUUUGCAAUGUGUCACUGAAUAUUUUCUAUCAUUUGUUUCUUAUAACUAAUGAAUAACAGAUGAGGAUAUAUAUUCCUUAUGCCGGCUCUUGUACUAUGAUACAGUUGUCUUGCAAUUCAAGUACAGUCAGUAUACAUUAUAUGAUUUGAGACAAUAAUAAGGAACAGCUUGCAUGUAAGAUGAGCUGGGUUUGAACAGAUGAGGGUAUAUAUUCCUUAUGCCGGAUCUUGUACUAUUAUACAGUUGUCUUGCAAUUCAAAUACAGUCAGCAAUAACUCUAUGGUUUUAGACAAUAAUAAGGAUUGGCUUGCGUAUAAGAUGAGCUGGUUUUGAAGUACAGUUUGAAUCUCUUGUAGCUUUUGUACAUAAGUUUUGUCAUGUUUCCAUCGUAAAAUAAAAUAUUUUUGUAAUAUACUUAGUACAGUUAGUUGUUAGCUAAGUUCCAUGUUUUUUUUAUUUUACAAACACAAUAUACAUUAUUAUUAUUAUAGGUAUUAAUUUUUUAGAUUUUAAGUUUUUAGAUUUUAUAUUAAUUUAUUGUUCCCAACGUUUUUUGGUAUUUAACAGAACCCCUCACUUUAUUUGUAAUGAAAUUACAAUUUGUAAUCUCAGUUAUUUAUGUGUUUUAAGUAUUCUUUUUCUCGUAAUUGUCUACAUAAUAAUGGUAAAAUUAUUUUUAAAUAUAUUUUUUAUAGGUUAAUAUUGUUAUAUUAAUAUAAUGAUGAUUAUAAAGAAGGAUGGGCAUAAAAGUUUAGCAACCAACCACAACAACAACCAGCUGUAUUGUGAUUUAUGUUCAAAAUUCAUGAUAUCUAUAAUAAAGAAAUAUUAUCUUUUUAGUUACACAAGCUAGAACAAGAGUUUAUUUUUAGAAGAAUAAGCUUGAUUUUACUUUGUAGUGUUUUUAUUAUUAUUGAUUGCCAAAACUGCUUUAUUAUGUAUUACAUUAAAAUGUCCAGAAAAAUUGCUGGUAGUAAAUAUUUUUGCGUGUGUUAAAUAACAUUUUUUAACCGUCUUCCAAAAAGGAGGAGGUUCUAUGUUCGGCUGUAUGUAUGUUUUUUUCUUAGUGCUCGUAAUUGCUUCCCGGAAUUGAUUGACUAUCAUACUGUUAUCAUAAUGUGCCGAAAGUGAGAGAUACUAUUGGUUGGCUGGUUGGUUGGUUAGUUGGUUGGUUGGUUGGAUGGAUGGUUGGUUGGUUGGUUGUUGUUGUUGUUGGUGGUUUGAGCCAAACUUGCCCAAUCUUUUUGAAUGUUAGGCUAAUAGAAUUACUAUUUAACGACCACUGGUGCGAACUGAUGUUAAGCAUUGAAAGUUUUAUAGAGGUUAGAUACAAGUCAAGUUGUUUGGGAGGUUGUUAAUGUAAUAUUAGUGAUAAUCAUUAUUAUUUUGGACAUUUACAUAGUUGUAUAGUUGUCUAUGCUUUUACAGUUUGUCUGGUCAUUUAUAAUCUAUGAUGAGUUGAGGGAUUCGUAGUCUAUUUUAUUUAGGUGGUGAAAUAAAAACAAUGAUAAUCAGAGAUUAAACAGGAAUUUAAAACUGAAGAACACUGUGCCUUGCCUAAAGUGCUCAAUAUGUCUAUUUUCAAAAUUUUGAAUGUGUAAUAAUUAAAUAAUUUGUAGUAUUUCUAAUGAUUUUUUUAUCUUUCCUUUGUCUAUCGGAGAUCAGUCUCUGGACUGUAAUCCGAUCAAAUGACUGCUUAGUAUUGUAUUUGACAAUUCUUUUAAAAAAAAACAUUAUUUUAUCACCUAAACGAAUAGACCAUCCGGCCUUAAUAUUUGUGAAAAUCUCUCUAUUUUUUUUAUAUAUUACAUUUUUUAAGUUGUAAAUAUUUUAUAGUGUGUAAGGUGGUUGGUUGAUUGGUUGUUCUAAUUUAAAUCAAGAUGAUAAUAUAUUGUUUAGCCACAGAGACAAUAGAAACUCUAUUUGUUGGACUUAUUCAGACUGCACAUUAAUUACCAUGAAAGUUAAGUGCUAAAUUUAUUUUUAUCAUAUUAGUAAAAAAAAUAGUAAUUGUGACAAAUUUCUUUUAAAUUAGCUGUUCAUUUACAUUUUUCCCCCAAUUGUUUUUUUCACUUUUUAACUCUUUCUAUUAGUUUAGCAAACAAAACAGAAGUAAAAUUAAAUAAGUUAUUUUUUCUAGAAGUAAUAUUAACAGACCCCAAAGUGUAGAUAAUAGCUGUCGAUGGUGAUCGAAAAAAUCGAUUAUAACAUCACAAAAUAGCAAUGUAUACUUCUCAUCAAAAAAAUCGAAAUAGUUUGCAAGUACAUACAUACUGUUUCAAUUUUUUGAUGAGAAUUAUUUUUUAAACUAGCUGGUUACUUAUAAUACUUUGCAAUGUGUUGAUUGAGUUUAAGGUUGAAUUUGCAAAUGCGACUACUUGAAUUGAGUGCCAAGAAGUUGUGUUUGGCACUCAUUGAGUGGGGACGUUUUUUGGUCGCUGAUUAUGCAUCCACUUUUUUUUUAUAGAAGAUCGAUGCAUACAUAAAGAUUUUUUGAAAGAGAUUGAUGCUUACUAUCUGUCUAUAUACUACUCUGUCUACGCAUCCAAGUUAUUUUUAUUCAUAUUUUUUUUUAUCCAAUUGGCUAUGAUAAUGGGGCUCUAUAUUAUCUCUGGUGCAAAACAUAGUGGAGUCCUAGUGGAGUUUCUAUUGUCUCUUCCUCUGAAUGUGGUACUUAAUUAAGUAGCUGUGCUGUAUGCAUGAUAUUCUUAUUCUGUAUUGCUGAUGUGAUUACGCAGAACAAAUUGUUUUUGUUUCUAAUUUAUUUGUUUACAUUUAGGAUUUUAUUAUUUAAAUUCUUAACUUUUUUUUUUGUUUAAACGUUUGAUGUAAUUUAAUAAUUUUGUUUAGUCAAUGUAAUUUAAACUAUUGAAUGUUAUCAUUGGCUUGUCCUAUUACAUAAUAUACUCGAGUGCACAAUUAUCCGCCUUCUUUAAUGUCGCGCGACGCGAGUAUAUUAAAGUGAGCGGAUAAUUGUGGCUCUGAGUAUAUGUUAAAUUAUUUACUGUUAUAAACCUUCCAAGGUGAUCCAAGAAUUGUGUAUUUGGUAUUUGUUUCAUCCAUGUUAAUAUUUUUGACCAAUGUGGAUGAAUGAAGAAACAAACAUUAUUAAAUUACAUCAUUAUAAGGCAUUGGAUGAAUUAAUGGAAAUGAAUUUCUGGAUGAAUUGUUCAUAAAUUUAUUACUUGUUGAAUAAGGCCUUUUGCUAUUUACUUAUAAUAUGAACUUUCACAAAGUGGUCCUAUGCAACUCAAAAUUGAUCCCAAAAUCCGAUAUUGAAGGACUAUUAUAUAUUUUAUAUUUAUAUGUCUAUAAAAAGUAUUAUGAAAUCAACUAUUAUAAGAAUGCCUAUAAUGAAAUUUCCGUUGCUUAAGCUGGAUUUCCACUAAACAGACGAAAUAAACGUUGACUUCUUUAACGCAGUUAUAAACCACAAUAUUAACUAAUGUUGAAUUACAAAUGUUGUUUUGUCUGUUAAUAAUCGUACUUUACGAAUUAUCAGUUAAAAUUUCCGCUGAAAAUGGAAAAAUUGAUAUCGUAAUUUGCUGAUCAGCAUUUGUGGGUAUUUGGCUUUAGACACGAAUAGGACAUUUUUUAGACAAUCCAUAGUGUAAUAUUUGUGUUUAUUCAGUUUGUAUACAAAUCUCUGAAUUAAAUUAACAGGUCUAUAAGAUGAUGGAUUUUGUUAUCCUAUUUCACUGUUUUGCGUCCUGUCGGUUUGUUAAAGAGAUUUAAGUAUACUACUGCAUAAAGCAACACUGUUAAUGAUUAUAAAAGUAUUAUGAGGUUUAAGUAACUUUCACACGAUUAUUUCAAUUGCACAAAAAGCACCUAUACCUAUAUAAAUCGUAGAUAGUUUUAUAAUAAACACAAAAUGCGUAAUAAUGCGGUACGUUAGUGGCAAUAUUGGAGAUGAAUUCAAGACAAUUUUUUAUUUUCAAAUAGCUUUUCGGAUUGCGACAUUCUAUAUUGACAAGUUUAACUUUUUAAAUUGUAAAAUGUUAAAUGACGAUGUGGACGAAAAGUUAUUUUAUAUUUUAUUAUUUUAAUAAUAAUGAAAAUCUUGUCUCGAUCACCAUGUUGCCAUGUCAUUACAAUUUCAAGAUAUCUCUUCAUAUAAUUGUUACAUCACAGAAUUCCAUUUAUGUACUUAAUUAAAUAGUAAAGAAAUAGUUGUCAAUAGUCAAUAAAGUAAUAGUUAUAUUAUAGAGGUUAGAUAAUUUCAUUGCUUUCUCUUUUCUGUGUAUUUACUCAUUAAUUUUGGUACAAUACAUUAAAAAAACAGUUUUGGGAUCAAAAUUAUAUCAUCUGUUAAGCGAUUGGCAAUCAAAAGUUUGUAGAUGUCCGUCUUAUCCACUUGAGCAAGUUUGCGCGUAUAUAAUUACAGUAUAAUCUCGAAGUUGGUCUCAAAAAUGUCUGUAAUUUAAAUGGCGUACAUUAUAUGAUCCGCCUAUUUCUAUAGCCAUUAAAUUAGACAAUUAUAGCCGCCGGUCCCUAGGGCUGCCAGUCCAUCGGCAACGGAGCCGAGAAAUAGGAAAUAUUAACCAAUAGGAUUGCACAAAAUCUCCGCUCCUCCAUAAGUCGACAAGGACUUGGAGCUAGUUUAAAAAUUCAUAUAAAACCGGUAAGCGUAGCGGGGUUAAAUAAAUUAACUCGACUCCGCAUUAAGGUCCGUUUAUAUCUACAGACAUUUAGCGUGCCAGACACGUGCCAUGGCAGGCAAAAUAAUAUUCAUCUAUGCAGUGAGUGAGUUAUUGAUGUAUUUUUAUCUAUCGUAACGCGGCCGCGCAGACGUUGACAGUCUGUGGAAAUAAAUACGUUAAUAUACACUGCACAGAAGUAUUUUGACUGUCACGGCACGUGUCUGGCACGCUAAAUGUCUGUAGAUGUAAACGGACCUUUAGUCCGUUACUCCGCUACGCUCCCUCGCUUCGCUCUGGUGGACAGGCAGCCUAAGGGAUACGUGUACAACAAGAAAACCGAUACAAAACGAAUCUUGCUGAUCGGCAAACAUCGCGAUUUCAACGGAGGCUUGAUAGUCCGGCACUCAUUCAGCAUUGUGUAGACUGUUAAGCUAAUCUUUAACUAUGUUUCUACAACUCGACGUUAUGAGUUUCCAAUUAAUCUCUGCCCCUCUGUCUAGUACCAUACUAUAGAUAGAGAGUGAUAGAGAAGUAUUCGAAACUCGCACUGUCGAGUUCUAAAAACAUCGUAAAAUGGCGCUACUGAACCGGAACACGAAUCGUGCCGAUCGGCAAUUUAUAAAGUAAUGAACUAUACCUACAUAAAUGAAAUCAUGAGAAUUUGUUAAAAAGAUUCGCACUCGUGGCUAUAAAUUAAUGAAUUAAAAAAAUAUAUUCUAUUUAAAAAAUCUAAAUGGACAAGUGGUCAAGUGGAUAAAGAAUGAUAAAACUUCAUUAGAUACAUCUGUUAAGAUAACUUUAUUAUAUUGAGCAGCUUUACUAUUUAUAUGUAGAUUUUUGUUUAAGAUGCCAUUUGUUGUAACUUAUGUUUUAUUAAUAAAUUAAAUUUGAUCAAA